AUGGCAACAUCCGGUCACAUCAAGGGCCAGCUUACGAAAGCCACGAACGCGCUGAAGGCAAGAAUCUCUCUAGUCCAGGAGAUUCUGGUCAACAACUGCGCUGACGAGGUGAAAGCCGAGCAAGGCCCCCUUAGUCCAGCAGAAGUUAAACAACUUCUAGUAACAUCGGCGACCGCAUUAGUUCAUCUCAUGGAGACCCUACAAGGGAAGUGGACUAGUGCCGAAAAUUACGCGAAAGGUGUAACAACCGAGGCUGAGCGUUUCGCCCUGCUUCAAGAGUUUGCUGACCAUUGGGACAGCAUUAGAGCGGACGAAGCACUCAUCAACGCGAAAGCACUAGUCAGGUCGAUAGAAGAACAGUUACGAGACCUUACCAAAACCCCGGUCACUCCCUUGAAGGUAGUCGACGUCUCCGAUAGUUCAGCUUCUAGUUCAGAACUGUUGGUUCACGUGCCUAAGUUGGAGCUUCCGGACUUCUAUGGAGAACCAAGCGCCUUUCCUGAGUUUUGGGAACUCUAUCUAGCCGCGAUACAUAACAAUCCUAGUAUUCCAGCUGCGGUGAAGUUCCUACAUCUUAAGAGCAAACUCAAGGGAAAAGCAAAGACCUAUCGCCUCCAUAGAACUGUCCCCUAA